CCGUUAUAUAAUUUCCCAACUAGUGGUAUUAAACGGCGUCUCAAUUUUACCCGAUUUUUAAAACGGCUAACUCAGUAUUUUAUCCAGAAAGAUAUCACUCUAGUCUAAAGAUUUUUCUCAUAGAUGGCACAAAGGACUAGAAAUCUAUUAGCGAAAUCUUGUUAGGCAAUAUUUUUUUUGGCUAAAAUAUAAGUUAGCCGUUUUUAAAAAUAGGCCCUUUAGCAACACUAUUCGCAACUGAAUGAUUGUAUUUUAAUAUUUGUUCUUUUCAAAUCGGCCCGAGGUUUGUAAAAUUUUAAGACCCAUCCCGCCCCAGUGUAAUUUUUUAAGACAAUUUUGCUCUCCGAUUCGUGUUAUCCUUGGCAGGUAUGCAAAUCAUUGAUAGAUAAUUUUUGAAAAAAAUUACUUAAACUUUCUUUUAGAUAAUGGAAAAUUUUCAAUUAUUUGACAAAGACUUGUCAAUAGGAGAAAGUUUAUUCUUAAAUUCGUACAUGUCUGAUGUUAGAUUUGAGGUGGAGAAAGAAAUAAUCCAUGCGCAUACAUUUAUUCUAUCAUUUAAAAGUCAAAUGUUUCAUACCAUGUUCCAUGGCAGUUUGAAAUUGAAAGAUAAUUGUGUAAAGGUUGAAGAUCUAAGGAAAGGCGUUUUUAAAAUAAUCCUGAAAUAUAUAUAUACCAAUGAAGUUUGUAAUAUUAAUUCAAUCGACAUUGACUCACUGUUAGAACUCUUAUAUGGUGCAAAAAAAUAUAUGCUUAAGAAUUUGAUCGAUAUGUGCAUUGAAGAAAUAAAUGUGUCCAGGUGUUAUUAUAUAGAUAGUGAAAUUGCGUUAAAAGUAUAUUUAGCAACAGCUAUACACCCAGAAAUCAAUAUUUUUAGUUAUUUCUCUAUUCUUUUGAGAAAUGAAAGUUUCGUAUUUGAUUCGGAUGCUUUCCUUAACGCUCCUAUCCAUAUAAUAAAAAAAUUUAUCGAGUCUUUACCUAAUGGAAGAUCGACAUCGAAUCUCUACAUUUCGGAAUUUCUUAUCAAAUUCGCAAAAAAUAAAUGCUGCAAAUGCCAGAUUCCGGAUGAUUCAAAGAACGAUUUAUGUAAAUUAUCCCAUAAAAAAUCCCCACUUUUGGAAUUCGAUCUAGUAGACAUGAUUCAAUUGGUUCGUAGACAAACAUUAUUAGAGGACACCGAGAUACUCAACAUUGUGUUAAAAUGUUAAAAAAAUUUCCCCUCCCCCAAAAAACAAAUGAUUAUUGACUUUACUAUGAAUACUCCGAUAUUGAAAUUUAUUCGCUAUUAGUAGAAUUGAUAAUAAUCAUGUAUAAUUAUAAA